AUGCCGGCUGUGCCGUGCAACACACAGGAUUACACGUGGCACAAGGGCACGCGCUGCGAGGCUAUCGUCACCGACUUCCAGGUGAUGUGCGUGGCCGUGGGCUCGGCCGCCCUGGUGGUGCUGCUGCUCUUCAUGCUCACCGUCUUCUUCGCCAAGAAGCUCUACCUGCUCAAGACGGAGAACAGCAAACUGCGCAAGACCAAUCUUGUUUUUCAGGGUAAAUUCACGCUGCUGCGAGACACCAGAACAGAUGGCAGUUUCCUGGUGCACCAUUUCCUCUCCUUCUACCUCAGAGCUGGCUGUAAGGUUUGCUUUGUGGCCCUGCUCCAGUCCUUCAGUCACUAUAACAUCGUAGCACAGAAGCUGGGAGUCAGUCUGACAGCUGCCAAAGAACGGGGACAGCUUGUCUUCUUGGAAGGCCUCAAGUCCUGCCUUGACCUCUUGUUUGGAGAGGAGGAGGAGGAGCAGUCAGCACAGCCCAGUCCUCUCCAGUUUAUAAGUGAGAGCGCUUCCAACCUCAAAGCCUUGUUUGACUUUGUCCGGACCUCCCUGACUCCCGGCGGCGGCGACUCCUGGAAGGGCCCUGUGCUUCUGGUGGACGACCUCAGCGUCCUGCUCAGCCUGGGCGCCACGCCGGUGGCGGUGCUGGACUUCAUCCACUACUGCAGAGUCGCGGUGUGCUCCCAGCUGAAGGGAAACAUCGUGGUGCUGGUUCACAGCAACGAGGAUUCAGAAGACGAGGAAAAUGAACUGGUGGUGAAUUCCCUGUGUCAUCACAGUGACCUGAUCCUGUGGGUAGAGGGUCUGGCGACCGGCUUCUGCAAGGAUGUUCACGGGCAGAUUAAAAUAAUUAGGAGAGUGUCCUUGGAGCUGACGGCGGAGCAGGAUCACAUCCAGAUCUACCAGUAUAAGAUCCAGGACAAGAAUGUCACCUUUUUUGCGAGAGGGCUGUCGGCUGCCGUCCUGUGAUACCGCAGAGCGCUGUGAGAGCAACGC